CUUUUUAAGUCUUACCCUGAUGUAAAACAAAGUCCACAAAACACACAGCACAUACUCGUACAUUGUCGACAGGCUGAUAAAAAUGAAAAUUUCUGCUAACUUUAUUUUGCCACCUCCUCUGGGAAGCGAUGCUCCGCGUCAAGAUCCAUUGAAGGGAUCAAAUAACCAUCGUUUGGAACUCCGCCCGGUGACCAUCGGAACGGUUGUAGCAUUGAUAACAGCAGCUUUAGUUGUCUUAUUAAACAAUAAUGCCGCUUAUUUGUUGACGCAAGAUGGGAAGCUAGCUAUUGCAGCCUUGAUUAACGUGUUGAUAGUUAACUUACUGAUUUUUAGGAAGGCUGCAAGCAAUAUGGUUUUAAUAACUUUAUAUGCAGCAGCCCAAAUGCUAACGCUUCCAUAUUGUGUUUCGCUCAUCCGAAACAUCCGCCCGAUGAUUGAUGGUCAGUUCGAGAGGCAGGAAUGUAUUAUGGCCGCCAUGGGGCUAGUUCCGGACAUUAUAGGCCUAAGUCUCUUUAUAGUCUCCAUGUGCCUGAAUUGGAACUCCAACGACGGUGGAAGCACCAGUGGAGGAAGCAGUGGUGGUAGCAGUGGUGGUAGCAGUGGCGGUAGUAGUGGCAGCUAACUUUACUUCUUUGAUGUUCCUAAGUGAAAUGCUUAUCUCAGCCUCGGUCCACAUAUAAUGUACUCAAUUGUUAUAGCGUUCAGUAAAAAGCAAAGGGUUAAACGAGUA